ACAGCUGACUAAAAUCCUUUUUAAUUUGGGCUGUAAACACGUGUUUACAUGUGUAGCCCAAAAAGUAGUUAUUUUUUUAAUAAAUGACUACAAAAUAAUACAAAAUGAGUUUGUACAACUUUAAAAAGAUUGCCGUAGUGCCCACGGCUAAGGACUUCAUAGAUAUUAUACUAUCUAAAACACAAAGAAAAACGCCGACAGUGGUACAUAAACAUUAUAAAAUAACAAGAAUACGUGCCUUUUAUAUAAGAAAAGUUAAAUUCACUCAACAGAACUUUCACGAUAGAUUGUCUAGAAUAAUACAGGAAUUUCCAAAACUUGAUGAUGUUCAUCCAUUCUACGCCGAUCUCAUGAAUGUUCUAUACGAUAAGGACCAUUACAAGCUUGGCCUCGGACAGUUAAACACAGCUAGACAUCUAAUUGACAAUGUAGCUAAAGAUUAUGUACGUUUACUGAAAUUCGGUGAUUCAUUGUACCGCUGCAAGCAGUUGAAACGGGCUGCUCUUGGUCGUAUGGCGACAAUUAUGAAAAGACAAGCAGCCAACUUAACAUAUUUGGAACAGGUCCGUCAGCAUUUAGCCCGUCUGCCAUCAAUAGACCCAUACACUCGCACAAUCAUCAUUUGCGGCUUCCCUAAUGUUGGCAAAUCAAGUUUCAUCAAUAAGAUUACAAGAGCGGAUGUAGAAGUUCAACCUUAUGCAUUUACAACAAAGAGCUUGUAUGUUGGACAUACAGAUUAUAAAUAUUUGAGAUGGCAGGUAAUAGACACACCUGGUAUCCUGGAUCAUCCCCUUGAACAACGGAACGUGAUUGAGAUGCAAGCGGUGACCGCACUGGCUCACUUGCGUGCAGCCGUGCUCUAUGUGUUGGACCCCUCCGAGCAGUGCGGACACAGCCUUGAGGAACAGAUAUCACUCUUUGAGAGUAUAAAACCACUCUUCAGUAAUAAGCCCUUGAUAGUUGUGCUCAAUAAGAUGGAUGUGAUCAAACCUGAGGAACUGCCUCCGAACAAGCGAGCCUUGAUCGAGGAGCUGGAAGCCAACUGUACCAAAGGAAAUGUUGUCAAUGCUGAUACGAAUUCUGAACUCAAGACAGUGCCCGUAAUGAGGAUGUCCACUAUGACGGAGGAGGGAGUGCAGGAGGUCAAGAUAGAGGCCUGCGAGCGGCUGCUGGGACACAGGGUCACUGAGAAGAUGAGGACCAAGAAGGUGGACGGUAUCCUCAACCGACUGCACGUGGCUACCCCCACACCCCGCGAUGGAAAAGCGCGCCCGCCCGUGCUGCCGCCUUCCGUGCUGCAGAAGAUGCAGAAGACGGCGGAGAGGGAGACACGUAAGAGGAAACUCGAGAGGGAGAUCGAGGUGGAACUUGGUGAUGACUACGUGCUCGAUUUACAGAAGAAUUACGCAGAUAUUGAUGAAGAGGAGCGGUACGAUCCCAUACCGGAGUUCUGGGAGGGACAUAACAUCGCUGACUAUAUCGAUCCGGAGAUAUUUGACAAAUUAGCAGAUCUAGAGAAGGAAGAGGACCUGAGAAUGGCUGGAGGCAUGUACGCCGUGCCCAAGAUUGAGCUCGAUGAGACCAUGAAGGAGAUUCGCGACCUGGCUAGGCAGAUACGUAACAAGAAGGCGGUGCUGAAGGAUGAGUCCCGACUCGUGAAGCAAUCGACCAAACCCGUAAUGCCGCGCAACAGUCGCGCCAGAGACAAGGGACGCUCCACCAGCAAGCUCAGGGACGAGAUGGAGAAGCUGGGCGUGGACAUGUCGGGCACGCAGGCGGCGCACUUCACCCGCGCGCGCUCGCGGUCGCGCUCGCAGUCGGCGCCGCGCAGCAAGCGCGCGCGACUCGACGCGCCGCCCGCCACCACCCUCGCGCGCACGCGGGACACGCAGGGCGUACGCGACGUCGCCAUGCAAAGGAGAGCGAAGCAAAUGGCCCACGUCGCUAUCGCCAAGAAGACGAAGAAGAUGGGUCUCAAGGGAGAGGCGGAUCGCUUCAUCGGCACCAAGAAACCGAAACAUUUGUUCUCCGGCAAGCGAGGAGUGGGCAAGACGGACAGACGAUAGUCGCUGCAUACGAAGUACAUCCUGUGCUAUUUAUUAUAUACUUUACAGAGCCGUGGAUCUAUAUUCUGUUCAUUAUUAAAUACAUACUUAUGUUAACUGCGCCGUACAUUACACAAUGUGUAAACCGAGUGUCACCUGUGAC